UACAGCAACAUGACCAAAGAUUUAAUAACAUGCCAUUACCCAGUCGGGCCCGGGUUUACUCAGAAGCUAAUACCCACAGAUCACAAGAUUACUGGGAUUAUGAAUCUCAUGUCGUUGAGUGGGGUAAUCAAGAUGACUACCAGCUUGUGCGAAAGUUGGGGAGAGGGAAGUAUAGUGAAGUGUUUGAAGCUGUUAACAUAACCAAUAAUGAAAAGUGUGUGGUGAAAAUUUUAAAGCCUGUAAAAAAGAAGAAAAUAAAACGCGAAAUCAAGAUCUUGGAAAAUCUCAGAGGAGGGCCCAAUAUAAUUAACUUGCAAGCUGUUGUUAAAGACCCUGUUUCACGAACUCCAGCACUGAUUUUUGAGCAUAUUAACAAUACAGAUUUUAAGCAGCUAUACCAGACAUUAACAGAUUUUGAUAUCAGGUUUUACCUCUAUGAACUGCUGAAGGCUCUGGAUUAUAGUCACAGUAUGGGCAUUAUGCACAGAGACGUAAAACCUCAUAACGUUAUGAUAGAUCAUGAAAAUAGAAGGCUUCGACUUAUAGAUUGGGGCCUAGCAGAGUUCUAUCAUGCAGGCCAGGAAUACAACGUUCGAGUGGCAUCUAGGUAUUUCAAAGGUCCAGAAUUGCUAGCGGAUUAUCAGGUAAGGAAUACA